AUGAAUUGCCCCUCGCGCACUGACGACACUCUCCAGAACCCGGGUUGGAACCAGAACCCGCCACCCUUCAACCCUGAUAUCACCACUCGGAAUGACUUCAAUGGCAUCGCCAACUCUCGCGUACACCGCAAGAAUGCCACAGGCACAAGCAAUGCAAUAGCUGGUGAUACCUUGUGCAUAGACACUCAACCGAUCAGUCGGCAAGACUCUGAUCCCGGGACCGAGAAAAUCCCGGAUGGCGAGGUGACCGCAGCCUCGGGGUGUCCAACACCCACGAGAGCAAGCGGAUCACCUCGCCGUCCUUUCAAAAAUUACAUCUCCUCCAAUGCUCUGCAGUGUGCCCGCACUCUGGUCAAGUUCGGCCGUUUCAUCGGUCCUGGCUUCCUCAUUGCUGUUGCCUAUAUCGACCCGGGCAACUACUCCACCGAUGUUUCUGCCGGUGCCACCUACAAAUAUGCAUUGCUAUUUAUUGUGCUCCUGUCCAAUCUCUUUGCCAUUCUGUUGCAGUCGCUCUGCAUCAAGCUUGGUUCUGUGACUGGCCUUAACCUUGCGGAGAAUUGCCGUGCACAUCUCCCUCGGUGGUUGGUUUACAUCCUUUAUGGUCUCUCUGAGGCAGCUAUUAUCGCUACUGAUAUUGCAGAGGUGGUUGGAUCAGCCAUUGCGUUGAAUCUACUCCUCCACAUUCCACUCGUAGCGGGCUGCGCCAUCACCUUGGUCGAUGUCUUCUUCCUACUCAUUUUCUGGCGACCUAAUGGCUCCAUGUUGGGACUACGUUUAUUUGAGUUCUUCGUCAUGGGCUUGGUACUGGCGGUCGUCGUCUGCUUCUGUAUUCAGCUUUCUCUGAUUGAAGAGCAGUCAGUCGGGGAGGUUUUCCGUGGCUUUCUCCCAUCAUCUGCCGUCGUCCAAUCAGAGGGUCUUUACCAGAGUUGCGGCAUCCUCGGUGCCACUGUCAUGCCACACUCUCUCUUCCUGGGUAGUGGGGUAGUACAGGCUCGUCUGAAAGAAUUUGAUACCACCGCUGGAUAUGUGGAGUCUACCGUGCCCACCGGAAGCACCGAUGGGGAAGUAAAGUAUCGACCAACUAUCCAUGCCAUUCGUGGUUGCAUGAAGUACUCGAUAAUCGAGUUGUCGCUGUCUCUCUUCACCUUCGCUCUCUUCGUCAAUAGCGCCAUUCUCAUUGUCGCCGGCGCAUCCCUCUACGAUGUUCCCGGCGGGGCCUCCGCCGACCUCUUUGGAAUCCACAAACUCCUCUCUUCAUCUAUCUCCCCUGCUGCUGGUCUGAUCUUUGCUUUGGCUCUACUGCUAUCUGGUCUAUCUGCGGGAAUUGUGUGUACAAUGGCCGGUCAGAUGGUGAGUGAGGGAAUGCUUAACUGGAGUAUUCGACCAUGGCUUCGCAGAGUCAUCACCCGCUCUAUCAGUAUCAUUCCCAGCAUCAUUAUCGCAGCUGCUGUUGGCAAGGACGGACUGGACAAGACAUUAAAUGCUAGUCAAGUUGUCCUCAGCGUUAUAUUACCAUUUGUUUCCGCGCCGCUCAUCUGGUUUACAUGUUUUAAUCGCUACAUGACUGUCCCUAUUGAGCAAUCCAGUGACGUCGAUGGGGAGGUUGAAGUUGCGCAAGUAUCGAUGCGAAACAGUCUGUUCACCUCCAUUGUCGCCGCACUGGUGUGGCUGCUUAUUGUGGUUAUGAACGUGGCUCUACUUGUUUUGAUCGGCAUGGGCAAAGCAUGA